AUGGUGUGCUGCAGUUAUCGAGGAUAUUGGACGUCCCGUGGCAGGCCAUCAGAGACGGGGAUUGCCAAAGAUGCAGCUGCCGCUUUGAAAUGGAUUAAGCAGCAGCAUGACUCCGAACUUUCCGGCCGUGAUGACGGAGAAGUUCCAGUGGUCCUCUGGGGCCAGUCUAUCGGAGCUGGAGUUGCUGCAAAUCUUGGGGCUGCAAAGCAGCACUUUUUACAGGGACUCGUCCUCAGGGCUUUGAUACUGGAAACACCAUUUCUAAGCAUCCGAGCCAUGCUCGAGACGUUGUAUCCGCAGAAGUGGCUUCCAUACAAGUAUCUCUGGCCGUUCUUGAGAAAUCAUUUCGACACACCGCGAGCGUUGGGUUUGAUAAAGCAGGGGUUUGACCCGAAGACGCCACGCAUUUUGAUUUUAGAAGCUGGGAGGGAUGAAUUAGUGCCAAGCUCCCAUGGAGAGAUGUUGGAAGCCAGGUGUCUAGAGCUUGGGCUUGAUGUAAAGAAAAAGGCUGUUCAUAGUGCACUACAUCAGGAGGCUAUGGUGCGCCAAGGAGGAAUAGAAACUGUUGUGGACACUAUUCAGGAAGCUGCUCAAGAAACUCAGGAGCCUGAAGGGACGAAGAAAAUCUGA